AUGAGCUCCUUCGACCUCCCGGCACCCUCCCCACCUCGCUGCAGUCCCCAGUUCCCCAGCAUCGGCCAGGAGCCCCCCGAGUUGAGCCUUUACUAUGAGAACUUCUUCCACCCACAGGGGGUGCCCAGCCCUCAGAGGCCCCCCUCCUUUGAAGGGGGCGGCGAGUACGGGGCCACCCCCAACCCCUACCUCUGGCUCAACGGGCCGGCCAUGACUCCGCCACCCUACCUGCCUGGCACCAACGCCAGCCCCUUCCUGCCCCAGGCCUACGGUGUGCAGAGGCAGCUGCUGCCUGGCAUGUCUGGGCUGGGGGGCGGCGACCUGGGCUGGCUGCCCAUCCCCUCGCAGGAGGAGCUGAUGAAGCUGGUGCGGCCCCCCUAUUCCUACUCGGCUCUCAUUGCCAUGGCCAUCCACGGGGCGCCCGACAAGCGCCUCACCCUCAGCCAGAUCUACCAGUACGUGGCCGACAACUUCCCUUUCUACAACAAGAGCAAGGCUGGCUGGCAGAACUCCAUCCGCCACAACCUGUCUCUCAAUGACUGCUUCAAGAAGGUGCCCCGCGAUGAGGACGACCCGGGCAAAGGGAAUUACUGGACCCUGGACCCCAACUGUGAGAAGAUGUUCGAUAAUGGAAAUUUCCGCAGGAAGAGGAAGAGAAAAUCGGAUAUUUCCUCCAGCACAGGAUCCCUGGCCUCCGAGAAGACGGAGAACAGCCUCCUGGCGGGCAGCCCCAAGACUGCAGAGGCCCAGGACAUCUUGGACAGCACGUCCCUGGGGACCACUGGCUCCCCAGAGAAGCAGUCCUCCCCUCCCCCGCCGGGCACGCCCUGCCUCAACAGCUUCCUCUCCACCAUGACUGCCUAUGUGAGCGGGUCGAGCCCAGUGAGCCGCCCUGUGGCAACACCAGGACUGAGCCCUGAGCCCACUGACAAGAUGGGGCAGAACUUGCUCAACUUCAGCUCUUAUACCCCACUCACCAACCUCAGCAGCCCCGGGGGUGGCGGCGAGUGGGCCAACCCCAUGCCCGGCAAUGGUCUUGGCUACGGAGGCUCGGUCCUCAACCAGUUCAGCCCUCAUUUCUACAACAGCAUCAACACAAACAGCGUCCUCUACCCCAGGGAGGGCACCGAGGUCUAGAACAGAACAGCUCCCAAACCCACUGGACAUACACAGGAGAAAAGCGGCCGAGGCCUCCCAUGCCAGCAUCACUGCGGUCCAAGACCUCUGACCUGCCCAGACAUGCACAGAAACUCAGGAAUUCAGCCUUUCUAGAACGUGCUGUAAACCUUCUCUUUAUCUCACAUAUGUCCACACACACA